UACUUCACAUGAGGAUCUGUGUAGCAUUGCAUAGUUAAUGUGAUUCAUCAAGAAAUUGCUAUCAAUCCAGUGACGUCUGAGCCCCAGCAUACUAUGUCAUAUUGCGGAUAAGUUUCCAGCCUUAAUCACCUUUCUUGGUUCAGUGGUUUGAUCAUCACGCACAGUCAACAACGUUACACUUUAUAGAGGCAGUUUACAAGCUGAUUCAAAUCUUCAAUUUGAUUUAUAUUUGACAUUUUUGUCAUUUAGCAGACACUUUUCUCCAGAGCGACUUACAGGAAGUGAGUGCAUAUACUUUCAUGCCUCGUUGGGGGACGUCAAUGUUAAAACUGUUAGCAGUUCAGAUCGUUUGUUAAUAUAACAUCAUGAUGGUACAGCUUUUAUCAGAUUUUGGUUUGAAGGGGAAAUUAUGGUGUAACAUCACUACGUAUGCACAUCCGUGCGUUUGAGUUUGACAUGUUUUAUUUCAGUUGUGAUAAGAUGGAUGGUUAGAUUGACAUCAUACAUACUUGGUGGCAGGUUUUGUUAUUGGUCUGGGCCAUACGCCAAUGGGAAAUUCUACUGCGAGGAGCGUGUGUGUGUGUGUGUGUGUUUGUGUGUUUGUGAGAUACAUGAGAGCUUUCCUGUCUUUGGGGAAGCCCACACGACAGACCCCUGAACUGCCAAUCAAAUGACUGGCAUAACACCUUUACAUAGCGGUCUGACUGGUGUUGUAGAGAAACUGCUGCUGGUGAAUGACUUGAUACUGAUCACUAUCACCAUGGAAGACAAACCUGGAAAAGGAGGCGGUUUAACUGCUCUGUGACCUCUUCCUCCCCACCCCUGUGGAAACCAAAGAAAUUCGGAUGACGCUCCUAUCGGUUGACUCGGUGCCCAGAAUAACGAAACGUUGAGAGAUAACAUCAGGGCGUGAGCGGAAUGUCCGUGGAUGAGAAGCCUGAAGCCCCCAUGUACGUGUAUGAGUCGACGGUUCAUUGUACCAAUAUACUCCUGUGCCUGAACGACCAGCGGAAGCAGGAUAUCCUGUGCGAUGUGACUGUCCUGGUGGAGGGAAAGGAGUUCCGUGGCCACCGGGCCGUGCUGGCCGCCUGCUCAGAAUACUUCUUGCAGGCUCUGGUGGUACAGGUCGAGAAUGACUUGGUCCUCAGCCUACCUGAGGAGGUCACUGCCAGAGGAUUCGCCCCAUUGUUGCAGUUUGCCUACACUGCUAAGCUGUUACUCAGCAGAGACAACAUCCAGGAGGUCAUUCGCUGUGGCAAAUUCCUGCGCGUGCACAACCUGGAGGACUCGUGCUUUCGCUUCCUGGAGGCCCAGCUCCGCAGUGAGGAGGAUGGCCUGCUGCUGUGCCACAAGGUGGCGCCGGCCGAGGGCAACCACAAGACCGAGGACGAGAACAUGCAGUCUGAGACAACAACAAAGGCAGCCUCCCCCCAGGCACGCCGGCGCUCUGAAGCCCUUUCCUCCUUGCGGCGCGCCCCGGACAAGGACCGGCUACCCGUGGCGGUGCCCAGUGACUUCAGCAACGUACGACUGGACUUCGACAGACACGGAGCAUCCGACCUCCCCCGCUGCCCCAAAUACAGGAAAUACCAGUGGGCCUGCAACAAGCACAAUAACGACACCUCCUCACACACCAGUACCUCAGGUUUACCAAGCACAUUAUUAUUAAAGGAGACCAGCGGUGGCAUCAGCGGCGGGGCGGUCCGGGGCCAGAGCAUGUCGCCAGUGGCAGACAUCAAAGUGGAGCCGCGGGCAGUGGAAGAGGCCAUCUCGCUGUGCCUGUCAGGGGACGAGCAGGGCGGCCUGGACAAGGAGACAGGCAUGGAGAUGGACAGUGUCCCAGUUUUGUUCGCCUCCUCCGCCAAGAGGAGCAAGUCCCCCACCUGCCUCCGCGCCUUCUUCAAAAAAGGAGCAGACCUGCCGGGUCUGCCCAACGUGUCGCAGCAGCUAUUUGCCAACAGACUCGCCAGCGUCUGCCCCGAAGACAAAGGAACCACUCUGGAAGAUCACAAAACAAAAGACUUCAGGCCUCUCAAUGCUGGGGAGCUGGGCCUGUCUGUUACAUCCCUGAAGGAGGUAGACGGCUCCCCUCUGAGGCUCUCGUCGCUGAAGUCCACCUCCUGCGACGGCGUCUGCAAACAGGAAGUGGAGCUGGACCGCCGCAGUGUCAUCUUUUCCUCCUCAGGGGCCUGUGACCGUCUGGGCUCCCCGGCGCAUUCCUACCCCGGCGGGAGCUCUUUAGAGAUGGAGCUCUCGGAGCACACGUCAAUGGGCCUGUGGGCUGGUGCCAGCCAGUCCCUUCCCAGCUCCCAGACCUACUCCCCGAGCAGUGCCCCCUCCCUCGCCUCCGCUACCACCGAGCCCCCGCCGGUCCUUUGUCGCACGCUGCCAAACACCAGCUGCCCAGUGCCAAUCAAGCUGUGCUCGCGCUCGCCGCCCUCUGAAACCCGCACACGGACCUCCAGCUCCUGCUCCUCCUACUCCUACGCGGAGGACGGGAGCGGCGGCUCACCCUGCAGCCUGCCCCAGUUUGAGUUCUCCUCCUCGCCGUGCUCCAACGUGGCGCUCCGCCUCGCCGCCGACCAGCAGGAACAGGGCGUGAUGGGGGCGGACACCAUCUUCAACCAGGUUCGCCCCAAGAUCAAGUGCGAGCAAUCGUACGGCACCAACUCCAGUGACGAGUCGGGAUCCUUCUCCGAGGGUGACAGCGAGUCAUGCCGAGUCGAUCAAGGGCGAGAGGUAAAACUUCCUUUCCCUGUUAAUCAAAUCACAAAUCUUCCACGGAACGACUUCCAAAUGAUGGUAAAAAUGCACAAACUGACCUCAGAGCAGCUGGAGUUCAUCCAUGACAUCAGGCGGCGGAGUAAGAACCGCAUCGCAGCACAGCGUUGUCGCAAGAGGAAGCUUGACUGCAUCAUGAACCUGGAGUGCGAGAUCAGAAAACUGGUGAACGAGAAGGACAAGCUGCUGACGGAGAGGAACCAGCUGAAGGAGUGUAUGGGCGAGCUGUGGGAGAACUUCUCCUGUCUGUCCCAGGAGGUCUGCAGGGACAGACAGCUGAGUCCGGAGCAGGUCCAGUCCCUGAACCACCACUGCCCUGUCCUGAAGCCCGGCACCACCAACGCCACCACCACUGCCAGCAACGCUGCCUCUAACAGCAUUGACCUCAUCACCCACUCCAGCUCAGCCACCCCGGAGCCCAGCUUCCUCAAGUCCUCCGGGCCCUCAGAGAGCGAGCCUGAUUGGGCCAUGGGCAACGGGGCUGAUGGGGGGCCAGGUAGCAAUGAGGCGGAGGGCCAGGAGCCAAGUUUAUACAUGGAGUCGGGGUUCUCGUUCAAUGAACAGUCCAAUCAGACGGUGACGGUAGACUUCUGCCAGGAAAUGACUGAUAAAUGUACAACUGACGAACAGCCGAGAAAGGACUGUACUUAGUAAACUGUGGUUUUAAUGUUUUUUAUUAUUUAAUUUCUAGUUUUUAUUUUCUUCUGACAAACCCCUUCCUCUGGGUUGGUGAGAUGUUCAGCCUCUACCAGUGUUCUUUAAACAACAUGUUUUUAUUUAUGUCUUUUUGUUUGUCUUUUUAUAGGUUGACACUACAGUUGUCUUAACAGCAAUACUGUUCUCCAGGUAUUCUCCUCUCUGUAACCAUGACAGAAUAGGGACUUCCCACACAAAACUCCGCUCACAAUGGUGCUCCACCAUGCCCCGUCAGGAAGCAACCUCUACAGUGGACACACUGUUCUCUAUCUAUAGUCUACUCACAGGGAUGGGCAAAGAUCACAUCUUCAAUUCAAACCUCAAUGGACCUAACAGCAGCACUCUUUGUCUCUCGAUCUAUCUACAGUUUCUAUCUCUCUGUCUCUCUCUUUCUUUGUCUUUCUAUUUCUCUCACUCUCCCUUUCUCUCUCUCUCUUUCUCUGUCUCUCUCACUCUCUCCUACUCUGUCUAUUUUCCUAUCACUAUUUCUACAUCGAACACUUCCGCUCUAUUUCUCUCUCACUAUCUUUCUAAUUCUCUCACUCUCGCUUGUGGCUCUUGUCACAGCAAUUCAAACUCAGGAAAAUAUCUUCUGAAUGUUCAACAUGAUUCAUGAAAAUAAGAAUUCAGCUUCUGUGUAUGAGAGGUUUCUGAAGCAGACUGUAAAUGUUCAUAUGCAAAAAUGUCUUUUGUACAGCAAAAUGAUGUGUACAGACAGUACCUUAACAUUCCUCCUUUGCCUUCCUCAGCACUGAAACGAAAGAGAAAAACGAACGAUUUAGCAGGUGGUUCCCAAAUAGCUAUGUUCCCACACAUCAGCAAAAUCAUUGUAUUUGGAUGUUGUAAUGGUAACUUUCAAGUGCUGGCUUGGGCAGAACAUAAUAACGUAUAAUGUAUGGUGCAUGGUGACUGUCACAGUAAUAUUGUACAGGUAGUGGCUUAGACAUUUCUUUUUCACUGGGGUUAUAUCAAGUACCUUUUUGCUAAGGGAAAAUAUUUGCUUAGCUUUUUCCUGAUUAAAGGAAAAUUCUUCAUAAAGGUGGGUGUUCUUAAACUCAGGAAAUCAGCUUGACACACACACACACACACACACACAUACACGGAUGUUGCUGGCGAGGACAGUGUAAAGUAUGUUAUUAAUCCGUGGCUUGCACAACAUCCUUUCAAACUUUGACACCUCUUUAAAUGUGAAAAAUAGUUUAGGCUUGUUGUGUUUUUGAGGAAACUUUAUUUCUUUUUAUCAGUAUUUAAAGAUGCUUUAUGUAUGAUGGUGAACCCUCUCUCAGACACCCUUUGAAUAUCUUCAGUGUUAUGUUUCAGUGUUGUCGAGAAAUUUGACAAUAGACACCUUUUCAAGCUGAGGGACAGAUAUUCUGUCUGUAACAAAAAAAACACACACAAGAUAUUUAUAUUUGACUAAGGAUACUUUCUCCAAUGAAUCUGGGCUCAAGAUCAGGCACUUUCCUUCCAGCACCAGACACUCCAUUGUAACUAGAUCCUAUAGCACUUCAUAGAGGGUCUACGUCAGGUUCAGAACCCUGAAAACACUGAUGCUGGAGCACUUGAAUUGGCACUUAAAUUAAAACAUCUUAUUGAUAUAAAUACAUCUAUGAAGACAUUAUAUUCAAAAACCUAAAGCAAUCAGAUGUAUUAUAAAAAAGAAAGCCAACAUAACAUUUAGAGAGUGUUCACAUCUUAUAUUUGUAUUUCUUUAAGAAUGAAUCAUUUAUUUGGGACUUGAGUUCAUGUGAAAGCAUGAUAGUAACAUGUUUGCCCUGAUUGUACAUUUGUUGAAAUCAUAAUAUUCUGUGAUGUGAAUGCAUGCUGCCUGUAUAUUUUACCUAGUUAUUUUGUCUAGCUUAUGUUUGCUUCUAACAAUAGUCCUCAGCUAAAUUAUUUAGUCCAUCUUUUGAUGAACAAUAUUUAAUCAGUAAGGUACCUCGGGGGUUUGUGAUAUAUGGCCAAUACACCAGAGCUAAGGGCUGUUCUUAGGCAAUGAGGAGUGCCUGAAUACAGCCCUUAGCCGUGGUAUAUUGGCCAUAUGCCACAAACCCCAGAGGUGCCUUAUUGCUAUUAUAAACUGGUUACCAACAUAAUUAGAGCAGUAAAAUGAAAUGUUUUGUCUUAGCCAUGGUAUACGGUGUGAUAUACCAUGGCUGUCAGCCAAUCAGCAUUUCGGGCUCGAACCACCCAGUAUAUAAUUACUUUUAUAACAGAAAUAUACAGAAAUAAUACUCGUAUCUGUUUAACAGGGAUGUGCUUGAAAAUACAAAAAAAAUAGAAAUAGAGACAGAACCUGUCUUUACAGUGAGUGAAUUCAAUUGGAAUAAAAAGCUUUACUCAUAGCUUUAACUUCAUUCAGGAUGAAAAGCUAUACAGUGUCGGAAAGAGCGAUAUUAUAAACUGAGUGGUUUGAGCCCUGAAUGCUGAUUGGCUGACAGCCGUGGUAUAUCAAACCGUAUACCGCGGGUAUGACAAAACAUGUACUUUAACUGCUCUAAUUACGUUGGUAACCAGUUUAUAAUAGCAAUAAGGCACCUUGGGGGUUUGUGGUAUAUGGCCAAUAUACCACAGCUAAGAGCUGUAUCCAGGCACUCGGCGUUGCGUCGCGCAUAAGCACAGCCCUUAGCCAUGAUGUAUCGGCCAUAUACCACAACCCUUAUUGCUUAAAUAUACACCUUGAUGACUGUCUGCAAAUUCUUCUUGGCGUUACUCUGUUGCACCCUCUUGGACACAGCUGUCUAAUACUUUCGUCUUGACUGAUAUCGAAAGCUGUUGUGAUAUUAGAGUGCAGCUUUGUAGAAUAUGUCUGUGUUUCGCAGGUCUGAGUAUAUGACCAUUUAGAUUAGGUUCCCUAAGAUUUUAGUUAGAUACAGUCAUACACAGACAACUAAAACAUGCACCCAAAUAUUAAUACACACACAAUGUAUGUCCAAUGGCGUCUGUUCCCCGGGCGCCGAUGACGUGGAUGUCGAUUAAGGCAGCCCCCCGCACCUCUUUGAUUCAGAGGGGUUGGGUUAGAUGUGGAAGAUACAUUUCAGUUGAAUGCAUUCAGUUGUACACCUGACUAGGUAUCCCCCUUUCCUUAUGUAAGGAAGGAGUGUAGAACAGUUGUACAUCUCACUAGGUAUCCCCCUUUCCUUAUGUAAGGAAGGAGUGUAGAGCAGUUGUAAUUGUUGUUUGUGAGGUUCUUCUUCCACUUUGGCUUUUCUCUGAUUCAUAUGCUAUCACUGAAUUGGAACAAUAUACAUCAGUCUCCAUUAUCAGGUACAAAACAGGAAACACAUUUGUCAAAUCAUAUACAAUUCCUACCCAAUAAAUGUACCUUUUCUUUCUCGUUUUUGACGUAAAAGUGGAAAGCAUAAUGGUCCACCAGAAAAGCACACUCUCAUUAGGCUACACUUUGACAAUGUGGGGGAAAAUGGUUUGAAAUUCAUAAAGUUUCUAUUGUCCUCGGCCCAUCAAAGCUAUACCAACAGAUAUAUUUCAAUGUCUGUUGUUAGAUGGCCUUAUAAUGCUAGGAUUAAUAUCGAUGUUAUUCUUUGGAUAGCAAUGAGUGCAUAGCCUAUUUCUGGUUUGUACUGUACGUACAAUAAUUCAUCAUUGUUUAUUCUCUACCUAGAGCCCCAAGAUUGAUAUACAGUAAAGGUUGGUGGAUGCAGAUAGAAGCCCGCUGGGCACAGACAUUAUUUCGACAUCUAGUUUUGAUAUACAUUUGGUUGAGUUGUCGACUUAUGUAAAUGCAAUAUGAAAUAAAUAAAAAAUGUUUACCAUGUCAUUGGAUUUAGGUUAAAAGCUGGGUGAAAAAAUGUGCAAAUCCAAUCAGUUUUCCACAUUGAUUCAUUGUCAUCACAUUGAAUUGUUUUGUUGAAAUUACAUGGAAAGAACAUUGAUGCAACCAGUUUUUGCCCAGUGGGAGGUGAUACAAAGUAAUGAGAGGUUUUUAAUGUAGCUCCUUAUGCUGGUCAAUUGCCAGUCCAGACCUCUUAGCUCUCUAGUCCUGAGAGAGCUACUCCAUGCUUGCUAUGCUGUAUGGGGUGUUACUAUGGUGACCGAUGGUUGAAAGUAGUACAUGGUCGGGUCAUCUCUACAGUUACCCCAAGCAUUACGGGUCAAAUAAGCUUGUUGUGUGUCAUCAUCUCAUUCACACAGAGAUUUGUCUGGUUGACCUAAACCAGGACUAGUCAUUGGUCUUGUAUAUCGUCUCAGGGUGCCAAGCAUUUUAUUUCUCCAUUUCUGAAUCUGUAGCAGACUUUUGUACUUUAGCUGGUUUCUGGCUGUGUUUGAGUGUCUGAAAGUUUAGCUCACUUCUAACCUCUGGUCUUAUACUCCUGAAGCUAAUUUCUACAAAUGCGGAAUAAUAAGCUUUGCACAAUACAGAUCAAAGUCAUUAAGAGCUGCAGAGAGAGUACUCAAUACAUUGGAGUAAACAUACAUAUAUAUUUGAAUUCUGUUUUGGUAGUAAAUACAAUUUUUUCCCCCCUCUCUCAAGUUCCUUUACCUCUGCAGUUUUUUACAAGCCAAAACUCAAAAAACAGUCAUGUUAUUUGAUUUGUUAGCUGGCUAUCGUAAUUAGUUGGUGGAUAUUUGUUGUAAAGCUAGAUGCAUUGAAUUCAUUAUCUUUUUCAGAGGCUUUUGUGCUGUAAUCAUUUCUCGUUUUGUUUCACUGUUUUGUUUGUUUUAGUUGUUUUUGUGUGCUGCUUUGAAAGAAAAAACACUGUCUCUCCAACUCCAAAGGUUGUUCUUUUGAAAAGAUGAACAAAGCUUGCCUUUUUCACAAAUUGCUCAACUUUAUAAUAUAAUAUACUGGUAUCCUGAUUGAAUGCACAAGCUGAGAUCAUUUUAGGAGUAAAAGAAAAGUUUGAUAUGUUUACAAAACGGUAUCACAUGUCAUGAUGUGUUUAUUACAUUUGCCAUGUAAAUAGAAAUUGUUAGGUUAAAAUUGGACUGAAGGUUAGUUUUCUGUAAACAAAAAAUGAUGUGUUUUCUCAACUUGUCUUUUCAUUCAACUGGGGAUGUUUCAGAGUUACAUGGAUACAAGUGCACCUCCAAUUGUUGCCUUACAACUUGCAGAGGCCAUAGUUCACAUUCAAGUGAAGUGAGUGUAUGCAGGGGCCUACGCACCCCCCCCCAUCCCUGAGUCACACCCAGUGCAGACCUUCUCACACUUAUCUACCUGUGAAAUCCUUCAUACCUCUCAUUACUGGUCAAUGACUGUAUCAGCAAACUUCAUCAGGUGUUUUUUCUACAUGCUUUUUCACAGAUUAUAUGGAUUAUUGUAUUAGUAGAUUUUGGUUCAUUAUUUUUAAUGUAAAAGCUCUUUUACAUUAUUUUUCUAGAACAGUUUUUUGUUAAUAUUGUCAAUUUGAAAUAGCUGUAAUUUGCUUAUUCUCUAUUAAGAGUUCUUACCCUUUUCAUUUUGAAAUGCUACACGACCCUAAUGAAUUAAAAUGACUUAUUAACCAUUUUAAACACAGUAUUGUGCAAACCCCAUUUUCAUUCAUUUUAAUUGCUAGCGUUAUAUAAAUUACAUUUUUGUCUAGACACCAUUUCUGUUUAUGAAAUAAAGAAACAUAUCAUGUGCA